AUGGAGCGAACUAUAAAGCCGCUGAUAAUGGAAGGAGAUCACAACAAUGCCUUUCUUCCAGAUGAUAUCAUGAUUAACAUUCUCAAAAGACUUCCAGUGAAAUCCCUAAUCCGAUUUCAAUGUGUAUGCAAACAUUGGAGAAAUCUUCUCAAGACACCAUCAUUCAUAGCAGAUCAUCUCCAUCAUUCUGGUCAUCAAAACCCUUCACUUCUCUUCCAAUGGCAUCAAUCCAAAUCCUCUAAUUACCAAUUGAGUUUGCUGGAUCGCAACAUGCAACUACUUGAAGUUCAUAAUGCACCUUUGAUUGAUUACUUCUCAGAUGUUCACAUAUUUGGGUCCAGCAAUGGCUUGCUUUGUCUUCUCUUAAUAGAUGAUGAUAGUUCUUACCGGUCCAUUCUAUUGUGGAAUCCAGCAACAAGAGAGGCCAGACAUGUGCCCAUAACUAUGAGUGAUUUCCAAGGUGUCUGCGAUAUAGGAUUCGGGUACAGUCCAAUUGUUGAUGAUUACAAGAUCGUGAUAAUUUAUUCGCGAAGGGACGGGGCACCUUUUAAAGUGAAUCAAGUGGAAGUGUAUUCAUUAAGCACAAAGUCAUGGAAAGAAAUAGAAUUUGGAGUCUUGGAAGGUGUAUCUGUGAGUACUGAAACUGUUACAGCUAAUGGAUCUAUGUUUUGGUUUGGGUUCAAUGUAGAUGAAGAUGAUGACGAAGAUAUAUAUGAAUUUGAUGAUUAUGGUUCGAUAGUUUCAUUUGACAUAGCAAAUGAAGUGUUUACAUUGAUACCAAUGCCGGAUAUAGGGUUUUGUCGAGAAGAGAUUCUUACUGUGUAUGAGAAUAAACUUGCUGUACUUUGCAACAAAAGUACAAGAUCAUUUGAUUGGGUUGAAAUGUGGGUGUUGACUGAGUCUGCAAGUGAUGAAUCUGGAGAAAGAUGGAGAUGGAUUGACAAAUAUUAUAGCAAUGACUUUGUAGGCUUGUCAUGCGUAUAUCCAAUGAUUGUUUGGGUGAAUCAAAUUGUCUGUGAACCUCAACCUCCAUUCGAAUCUGAUGAAGACGAGAUUAAUGGUGAAGCGAAAGUUGUUCUUUAUUUGUCCCAUGCCAUUACUAAUGAAUUUAAGAAGAUUUCUAUCCGCAGGUAUGGUGCUGGACAUACGAUCUACAAUUAUGUGGAAAGUCUUGUAUCAAUUGGUAAUGUGAAGAUCGAAGAAAUUGAUCCGAAAUUUUAG